AUGCUCCGUCUUGGAAAAAAUCUGUCUGUGCGGUGUUGCUGGCACCGGUCUCAGGUAACACACAAACGCUCAAACUUUAAGCCGGGCCGCGGGGGACGCGGCGGUCGCGGCGGUCGCGGUCGUGGUGGCGCGGACUCACUGCAGGCCAUCGCCGCCUUUAUGGGCAUGCUUGGCGCAGUCGGUGGGUAUCGCGGUGGCCGUGGUGGUCGCGGCGGUGCUGGCCGCGGUCGUGGUGGUGGCCGCGGCGGGGGUGCCUCUGGUAGCGGCGGCCCGUCGGUGCUGCCUGGUGGGAUGCCUCCAGGUGGUUUCCAGCCGUAUCAAUAG